CAAAGUUUCGGACUUUGUUUGGAUCGUGUGUCUGCCCGGAGUUCUGUUGUGUUCGCGAUGUCGGUGACGGUGAAGGCCUACCUGCUGGGGAAGGACGAACAGGUGAAGGAGAUCCGCCGGUUCGCGGUGGACCAGGACGUGUCGUCCAGUUUUGAGUACCUGAACACGAAGGUGGGAUCCGUUUUCUCCAACCUGAACUCGGCCUCCUUCAACCUGUACUACAAAGAUGAAGAUGGAGACCUGGUGGCGUUCUCCUCUGAUGACGAGCUGAUGAUGGGUCUGACCCUCGUGAAGGACGCCACGUUCCGCCUCUACAUCAGAGAGAAGAAGGAGCACCGCCGGGACUUCCCCCUUCACGCCUUCCCUCCCUUCGCCUUCGGCCCUCCUCCUCCUCAUGGACCCCCUCCUCACAUGGCCCCGCCCCCUGCCCUCCACCCAAACGUCACCUGUGACGGCUGCGAGGGCCCCGUGGUCGGGACCCGCUUCAAGUGUUCAGUGUGUCUGAACUACGACCUGUGCUCCACCUGCCAGGCCCAGGGGAAGCACACGGAGCACGCCCUGCUGCCCAUCUGGCACCCGCUGCAGCAGUGGUUUCCUCGCGGGAAGUGGACAAAGAAAAUGAGACACUGUAUGUGGGGCCAGAACCAGGCCCAACCCCAGAACCAGGAGCAGGCCGGGCCCUCCGYGGCUCCUGCUGACAACAGCGCCCCCUCUGCCUCUCAGACCAGCGUGGACUUCCUGAAGAACAUCGGCGAAGGCGUGGCGGCCAUGUUGAGCCCAUUGGGUAUAGACGUGGACAUUGACGUGGAGCACGAAGGCCAGAGAACUAAGGUGACUCCGCCCCCCCAGGGCGGUGGGGAGCAGGGUGACGUGGAAAUGGAAGGUGGCAACGAAGAAAGCACCGAAGGUGGAGGAGCCAGUUCUGAGGGCGGAGCCAGUUCUGAGGGCGGAGCCAGUUCUGAGGGCGGAGCCAAACAGGGACCAAAGGCGAGCCGAGACUCUGAUGAAGAGUGGACUCACCUGAGUUCCAAAGAGGUGGACCCGUCUACAGGUGAGCUGCAGUCUCAGCAGCCAGGGGGUCAGGACCAGAACCAGGACCCUCGACCAGAAGAGCAGCAGAAGACCACAGGUCUGCGGGAGGCGGCUCUUUACCCACACCUGCCUCGAGAGGCGGACCCCCGUCUGGUGGAGUCUCUGUCGGCCAUGUUGUCCAUGGGUUUCACAGACGAGGGCGGCUGGUUGACCCGACUCCUUCAGGCGAAGAACUUCGACAUCGGGGCCGCACUCGAUGCCAUCCAGUACGCCAAGCAGCCCCGCCCACCCCAGUGAUGUCACCGUCUGCAACGUUUCCUUUUACUGUAGUCUGAGACCAAAACAUGUUAAAAAAUUAACAGAAACCUUUACUCGUUUAUUACUUCUAAUUGUUUUAUCUUUAAUUAUGUCAAUAAAACUCUUAAACAAGA